GUCGAUCUUUCUCUUUAGGUUCUGGAGUUCGACUUUCUCUCCUCGGUUUCUGCUGGAUCUCCAUUCGUAGACUGCGUAAGGCUUUGGAUAGACCCCAGAAGCAGCGGCAUGGAGAACCGGCGCUGCCAGCACCCUCAACAGCCCAAUGCCCAGGCCCAAGAGGCCUCAUCCGGGCCCCAGUCCUCCAUGCCCCAGUCCCCUUUACUGUCUGGAGCCUCCUCCCUCAUCUCCCUUACCCAGACAGAGGAGUUCUUUGACCUCAUAGCCAGUUCCCAGAGCCGCAGACUGGAUGACCAGAGAGCCAGUAUAGGUGACCGUCUGGGCAUCAGGAUAGCACAGAACAAUGUGGGACACUUGUGUGAUGCAUGUAGUCCACGGGAACCUAGUGAUGAGUUUUUCAACAUGCUCAUAAAGUAUCAGUCCUCCAGGAUCAAUGAUCAGAGGUGCUCUUUGCCACCAGCACCAGACCCAGAUGAAGACUUCUUCAGCCUUAUUCAGAGGGUGCAAUCCAAACGCAUGGAUGAACAACGGUGUCUUUUCCUUCUAAUGAAAAGGAUGAAACAGACUUAA